GUUUCGAAACCUCUCCCAAUUCUAUGCCCUGGGUUGGAAGUGUUACUCUUUAUCCGUCCGUGCACCUGUUUUCGAAUUGAAUUGACAUAGAAUACUUACAUUUUGAAUAAAAGCUGAAUUAUUAAUGUUGUGUCGUUAGGUUGAAAAAUGGUUUCCCAACUUCAAAUACAUUUGAACUUACUUUAAAUAUUUUGCGUUAUGAUCCAUUUCAAUCAAAGUGGUAGCCUGCCAUACUUGUUUCAUAAAGAUUUCCUAGCGGUUGUUUACGAAAUGUUAAACAAUGGAAGAAUAAAGACACUUAAAUCUAUAUUUUCAUUAUCUGAAACAGGUGGGCUCAUGACAAUUACUCAAGAUAAGAACUGUGACGAUUGCGUAUCACUAACAAUCGGAUCCGCAUGACGAACACGAUGUCUGUGUAGCUGUGUAUGUAACCAAAUCUAUCCAUCAAGCUAUCAAUAAACAUUACCGGAAGUCUACACAAGAAAAACACAUAUCCUCGUUGUCUUUUACGGAAAAUGGUUAGCACAUUAAAACGGUAUUUUAUUGCCGCCGAGUCAUUACACUGUAAUAAUUUUGGACGAUUAAUGCACUACCGUUGUCGCGGAUCGCCAAGCUGCACUACAACCACUACUAAUACUCUAGCUGUGCAUAGGGAAGGCUCUACACCAGUGGUGACUGUCGAAGGAUGAACAUUGCUUUGAUACACCGCCAACAAGGAAGCUCUGUUUACGCUGAAUGACGGAAGCGGGCAGGUGUAAUACAGUUUCAAUACUUUUGCAAUCAACAGUGUAAACCUUUAAGACAAUUGACAAUAACAUUUUAUUUUAACUUUUAUGGCAAAUUCAAGAUUAAGGAUUUGAAAUUGUUUAUAUUUGUGUGGAAUUAAGUGAAAAGACUGAUAGAAAUAAUGAGGAUGGAUAAUCUCCGAUUGAUGCCUGGUUGUUUUCGACUGCUGAUGGUAGUUUUCAUUGUGUUAGCGCUGUACCAGCCAUGUUGUCAAGGGCUAGCAUCCGGAAGGGCCGCUGUUGCAUCGAAAAACAGACUUCAUAAAGUUAGCACGAAGGUGAUGGCUUCCACCAAAGGUAAUAUCUCCCUACACAAAGGCAAACGUCCGUCAGAAAUUCAUCGAACAAGGAUCGUCCCGUCAACCCGCGUUACUUCCUGUCUGAAGCUUCAGUGUCCAGUGUCCACACCCAAAUCUUGUCGCUAUCUCACCAUCGUCCUUUUGAGAGGUGGGAAACGGUGCCGUCGAUGCACAAUUAAGAGAUCCAGAAAAUGUCGUGUUUCAAAAACCACAAAAAAGGUCCUACCAAGAAAAAUAAAAACCAUUUCAAAAUCGUCAAGCAUCACUGCGAAAAAAUCAAGAAAGGCGUCGUCUGCUCGAAUUAAAGGAGCCGCCAUCAGAAAAAAGACAAGAGCAAAACUGAAUAAUUUCGAGGGACGCUGGAUGAAGGGGUUCUCAAGUGAUUGAAGUCCAUUGCAACAAAUGGAAAUGCAGAUUAUCAGCAUUUGUCUGGACUAAAUAAUAGUGAAAAAUUAUGAAUUAUUUCAGAAAAUAACUUUCUAAUUACGAAAGCUAGUGCAAUGCUGAUUUGGUUCUAAUUAUUGGCACUGAAGCUUGUUUUGAUUAUUUUUUUUACUUUUGUUUCUUUAGAAAUAAUAAUUUGCUCUAGGCAGACACAUAAUUCGUUGGUAUGAUUUGAUUGUUUCACACUUGAACUCAUAAGAAUAAAUUCUCUUACAUUGUAAGUAUAUAAUAAAUUACCAUAAUGACUGAUUUUCAAAGUACUGGUACUCUACCUAAUAACUGUAAAUCCUUAUUAGGUUUCUGUUAAAAUCACAUUAUUUACGUUUGUGAUUUAUGUAAGGUAUGUAAGGAAUGUAUGAAUGUAAGAUGUCAGCAUAAUUUUAUAUCACACUGCACUGAGAAUGUUAGUACUAGUUUAGUUAUAAAUAGUUACAUACCGUCAUUCUGAUGUUAUAGGUAACAUUGAAAACUGAAAAUCUUGAAAAUAAACCACGUCUAGUAUUCGUUUCCUGACUUUCGAGACUGUGACAACAAAGAGUUGCCCCCAUUAUACUACUCUACAUCCAAAGCUGAAAACAAACACGAAAGCAUGUCUUCUCUAUUAACAUCCGCGGAUAAACGUAAAGUCAAAGGCAUAAUUAUUCAAUUUAAAAAAUCGCCAAAUGUCAUUUCAUCAUAUAAGAUUCGCUUGAUCUUUAAUUAAUCAGUUUCAAAGUUUUGUGACUUGGUAAAUUUUAACGACUUUGUUUGAAGUCUCAAACUCUUUUGCCUGCAAAUAGCCCAUGGUUUAUUGUCAAGACCGGCUUAUUGUCAAGAUUUUAGAUAACAUGGAAAGUAAAAGAAAAGCGAAAUACUUCAAAUAUGUGUUAUACACAGCAAAAAAAUACUGUAAGUGUGUGGACAGGCGUGGGUGCAGAUAUGAGGGCGUUUGUAUGUGGUUAGGGUGAGUGUACACGUGGUUGUGUUUGACACACUACCAAACACCUCCAAUACACAAGAUAUAUUUCUGAUUUAUUUAUUAAUGACACAGUAGAUGACGACAAUAUCAGUCACUACUGUCAUGUAAACACUAACAGGCAAGCCUGUUACGCCCCAGGGCUCCUAACUAUAGGAUUUUAGUGGUGUCGGCGUGUCACUUAUUGAUAUGGCCGCAGUGGAAAAACAAUUUCCCGUAACCGCAUGUAUUGUUCGUCUGAUCUUCAAUAUUGUUUUGUUUAACAUAAUUUAUUUAUGAAUGAUACAGUUGUUAUAAAUUAUUUAACGAUAAUAAUAUUUAUUUUCUCGUUCAUAUUACACAUAACUUGAACACGCACCGAAAAAUAGAUAUGUACAUAAUAGUGGGAAUAGAAUGAGAGUAACAUUGCUGGUGUGAUAACCAAAACAAGGGAUAUACUGUUUAUGUUUCAUUAGCCAAUGACAAACUGAACUGACAAAUUAAUUGUCAAUGUUUUGGUAAACGACAUUACAUUUUAAUGUGACGUCACAACCAAGUCAUGAGGGUUUGUUCAUUGUUUUUUGUUGUUGUUUUUUUGACAUGUUCACGGGAUAAUGUUGAAUAUAGCUAAGUAUUUAAUUAAAUGAAUUUCGCAAUCCGACAGUAUGUUACUGAAUCAAAAGAUACAUAUUAAUUUCAUACAGUAUCAGGGCGCUUCAAUAGAUGAUAAAACAUGAAAUAAUUCAGCUUAGAUAUAUGCAUUCAUGUUUACAAUAAAAUUCGUGUUCAUAAUGUUGUUA